AUGACGACCGAAACGACCACUGCGCCAGCCCUCGAGGCCGCCGCCGCCGACUCGGCCACCGAUCUAUCGGCCCUGACGACCGUGAUGACGGCGACCGCGGAUGAGCCGGCGUCGACAGAUCAACAUGACCAUCAUGACCACCACGAUCACCACGAACACCACGAUGACUCCAACGACACCUCGUCCGAUCAGGAGCCGAGCAAGAAGCGCUCCUCGUCUGUCGCCGACCUGAAAGACGGUGCGCCCCCGGCCAAGGUGACGAAGCGCAGAGCCGCUCGCGCCUGCGUGAGCUGUCGCGCGCGCAAAGUCCGCUGCGACGUCGUCGAAGGCGCGCCCUGCGGCAACUGCAGAUGGGACAAUGUCGAGUGCGUUGUCCAAGAGAGCCGCCGACGAAAGAAAAACCUCUUGACUGCCAGCACGGCGGUGCACCCAGGAGCCGAGGCACAAUUACGCUCCAAGGGCACGAAUCCAGUCAACAUUCACAGCAGCGCGGAGCUGCGCCGACCUAGCAAUGCCUCGGUGGCUUCGGUCAACGGAUCAGUUGCAACGAAUCCCGUCCCGGUCACUUGCAUGCCUCUAGGCACGACAACACCAGCCAUUGGCGCUGGAGCUGCAGCUGUGUCUGGAAUUGGCCCAGGCGUCCUCGGGGGCCUUUCGGUUCCCGGCGGUUCUUCAGACGGCCUUGAGGGCCACGUUCCUCAUAUGCUAUACCAACGAUCGGGUUACCGUCAUGACAGCGCUGCACUGCUCACCAAGCUGCAAUCGGCCGCGGCCGCAGCGUCAGCAGACAGCAACUCUCGUCGCCUCCUGUCGAACCUCCUGGCCCAGGCCUCCCUCUUUGGCGGCAUGGCCAGCGGCGACGGCCGAACAAGUCAAUUUCUCGCCUCCCUCGAGGAGCCCGACCUCCACGCUCAGCUCCCACCCUUUGUGAAACCGCUGCCUGCCAAGAUCGCCCAGGAAGAUGUCACCUACCUCCAUGCCAAGGGGGCCCUGACUCUGCCCACGCUGCCGCUGCAGAAUGCCCUCCUGCAGGCCUACAUCGAAUUCGUUCAUCCCUAUAUGCCGCUGCUCGAGCUGUACGACUUUCUGGCCGUCAUCAACGCCCAGGACGGGCUAUGCGGCCAGAUCAGUCUGUUCCUUUAUCAGGCCGUCAUGUUCGCCGCCACUGCCUUUGUCGACAUGAAGGUUCUCCGCGAGGCCGGCUACCCCACGCGCAAGGCCGCCAGGAAGGCCUUCUUCCAGAAGACGAGGCUACUGUACGACUUUGACUACGAGUCGGAUCGCCUCGUCCUCGUUCAGGCCCUCCUGUUGAUGACGUACUGGUACGAGACACCCGACGACCAAAAAGACACAUGGCAUUGGAUGGGUGUCGCCAUCUCUCUGGCCCACACCAUUGGCCUGCACCGUGAUCCGGCCGCCACGAGCAUGCCGGUGCGGAAGCAGAAGCUAUGGAAGCGCAUCUGGUGGUCGUGUUUCAUGCGCGAUCGCUUGAUUGCCCUGGGCAUGCGCCGGCCCACCCGCAUCAAGGACGAGGACUUCGAUGUGCCGAUGCUGCAGGAGUCCGAUUUUGAGUUGGAGGUUCUGCCCGAGGAGAACAAGGUCGUCCCUGCCGAGUCCAUGCUGCUUCGGGAUGUCUCGAUGCAGCGGGAGCUGGCAGCCCUGUGUAUCUCCAAAGCCCAGCUCUGCAUCUGCAUCAGCCACAUGCUCAAGGCGCAGUACUCAGUCCUGAUUCGGGACAAGAUGCGCCCGGAGAACACGGUCAACAGCACCAUGAUGCUGUUCCCCAACAAGAAGCUCGACAACGUCGAGAGCGUGACCUCGGUUGACCUGGAACUCAUGGCCUGGGCCGACACCCUGCCGGCCAUUUGCCAGUAUCGCCCCCUAACGCCGCUGGACGUCAAGAACGGGCGAUCGACCGUCGCUGUCCAGCGCACGCUGUUGCACAUGGUCUACUACACCACCAUCUCGGCGCUGCACCGGCCUCAGUUCCUACCGUCAUCCCCCAUCCAUGCGCCAACGACCUCGCGGCAGGUGCAGGAGAUGUCCCGCCUGAGGGUCCGCGACGCCGCCAUGCAUGUCACCCGGAUGGCGGCUGAGCUACACCAGUUGCGUCUGGAGAGAUUUCUCCCCACCACUGGCGUCACGGUCAUCCUGCCGGCCAUGAUCAUCCAUCUUCUGGAAAUGAAGAAUCCUGUGUCGCAGUCGAGAGACCGCGCCACCCGCGGCUUCCGCCAGUGCAUGCGCGUCAUGGAGAAGCUGCGCGAGAUUUAUGCCGCCGCCGACUACGCCACGGGUUUCCUGGAUGCGGCCCUGCGCAAGGCCGCCAUCGACAUCAACCUUCAACAGACUGCUGCGCCCAUGACGCAGCAGAACCUCAAGCUCGCUGAGCCGACGUUCGGCGCGCAGACGCCCCCGCCCGACAAUAUGCCGUACAUGACGAGCGGUGAGGCUCUCUUCGCCCACAAACCGAACCCGCAGCGCGACUUUCUGCCGCAGACCAUCAACGCCGCGGCGCUCGACCUGUCGGCCACGAGCCCGCCGCAAACGGAGAAGGACCACGAGUCGGCACUUGGCGGCAUGACGCCGAGCGCGAGUGGCAGCUCCGAGGAGCCCGGCCCGCUUGACCUCGAGUUUUUGCAGACGCAAGAAGAGAUUGACUGGAACGCCAUGACUGGGACCGAGUUUGACGUUGAUCAGUGGCUGCAGUUCCCGCCUGAAGGUGUCAACAACACGGAUGAGGGGUUCAUGACGAACGUGUUUGGCGAGGAAAGCAUGAGCGACGCCAUGAAAUGGGCGGCGACCGGAACUGUUCAGAAUGAGGGUGAAGGCGCCGCUAAAAUCGCCACCCUCGCCUAA